AUGCCUGAUGAUCACCCACUGUGUGUUCCUCCAAACCUUGGUCCUGGAACUAAGGGCCAGAAUUGUGUUUAUGGGUUGUUCUACUAUGAUCGCAGUUCCACUUACGGCCCCUUCGGAUUUGAUGCGUUCACAUUUUUAUCUGAUCAAGGGCAACUAGCUAUCCCUAAUGUGGCAUUUGGGUGGGGACUCUUCAAUAAGGUGAACUUCAAUGACUAUUUUCAUGGUCAUGAUAAUCCAAUUGGAGGGAUUUUGGGGUUAGGAAGGGGUCACCCCAUUGGUAUUCUACAACAACUAAACCAAAUCACCCUUCGAAGAUUUUCGUAUUGCCUUCCACCACAAUUUGAGGCCCAAUCAUUGCUACAUUUUGGUGAGGAUGCACAAAUUGGAGGUCCCAGUCUUGGUAGCACACCGAUUUUGGGCGGUCCAGAUGACUAUUAUUUCACGAAACUGGAUGCUAUAAGUUUUAAUGGACAACGUCUCCAAAUCGAUCCAAGUUUGUUCAUGGCAGGUGGAAAAGGAAUGGCAGUUGAUUCAGGAUCACCAUAUAGCCAUAUCGUGGCAGAGGCAUUCAAGGUCUUGAAACAAGCUGUGGUGGAUUACUUCCAUAACAUGUAUGGAUGGCAACCCAUGACGCAGAAAAGCAAGACUGAUUUUGAUCUUUGCUACCAGAAUAUCCCUACUGUCUUUACUUCACCAUCGGUGACACUUCAUUUCGAAGGAGCUGACUUUGUGCUGCAUAAACCCACACUAUUCCAGGCCUUUGAACAUCACAAUGAGUUUUGCAUGACCAUUUUGUCAAUGGACCAAAGUGAUGGUCUAAACAUUCUGGGCGCGGCUCAGCAGGUCAACUAUAGGUUCUUGUUCGAUAUCGCUGCGCUGAGGUUGUCGUUUUCUCCAGAGAAUUGUUGA